AUGCAGAUCUUCGUCAAGACUCUCACCGGCAAGACCAUCACCCUCGAGGUGGAGUCGUCGGACACCAUUGACAAUGUCAAGGCUAAGAUCCAGGAUAAGGAGGGCAUCCCUCCCGACCAGCAGCGUCUCAUUUUCGCCGGCAAACAGCUCGAGGAUGGCCGUACGCUCUCGGACUACAACAUCCAGAAGGAGUCCACUCUCCACCUCGUUCUCCGCCUCCGUGGUGGUAUGCAGAUCUUUGUCAAGACUCUGACCGGCAAGACCAUUACGCUCGAAGUUGAGUCUUCUGACACCAUCGACAACGUCAAGGCCAAGAUCCAGGAUAAGGAGGGCAUUCCCCCUGACCAGCAGCGACUCAUCUUCGCCGGAAAGCAGCUUGAGGACGGCCGUACGCUCUCGGACUACAACAUCCAGAAGGAGAGCACCCUCCACCUCGUUCUCCGUCUUCGCGGUGGUAUGCAGAUCUUCGUCAAGACCUUGACCGGCAAGACGAUCACUCUUGAGGUUGAGUCUUCUGACACCAUCGACAACGUCAAGGCUAAGAUUCAGGACAAGGAAGGCAUUCCACCCGACCAGCAGCGCCUGAUCUUUGCAGGCAAGCAGCUCGAGGACGGCCGCACCCUGUCCGAUUACAACAUCCAAAAGGAGAGCACGCUCCACCUCGUCUUGCGACUCCGUGGUGGUAUGCAGAUCUUCGUCAAGACGCUCACUGGAAAGACGAUCACCUUGGAGGUCGAGUCUUCGGACACGAUUGACAACGUGAAGGCUAAGAUCCAGGAUAAGGAGGGUAUCCCGCCUGACCAGCAGCGCCUGAUCUUCGCUGGAAAGCAGUUGGAAGACGGUCGCACCCUGUCGGACUACAACAUCCAAAAGGAGAGCACCUUGCACCUUGUGCUUCGCCUGCGCGGAGGUAUGCAGAUCUUUGUCAAGACGCUCACGGGCAAGACCAUCACCCUGGAAGUCGAGUCGUCGGACACGAUUGACAAUGUCAAGGCCAAGAUUCAGGACAAGGAGGGUAUCCCUCCCGACCAGCAGCGUCUCAUCUUUGCCGGCAAGCAGCUCGAGGACGGCCGUACCCUGUCCGAUUACAACAUCCAGAAAGAGAGCACGCUCCACCUGGUGCUCCGUCUGCGUGGCGGCAACUGA